AUCAUUAAUUCACUCCAAUUACAAAAAAUCUAAAGAGCUUCAACUUCACAUAUUACCAUCGUCAAAAUGCAGGCAACUUUGAGCUUUUCUCCUACUCUUAUGAUCCCUUUGAGACCCUCCAAAACACCUUCUCAACUGACCCAUUUUCCUUCUCAGUUAUGUGCUUCUUUCACUUCACAUCGUUCUAGUGUCAAAGCAACCGCUGUGACCAAUGAUACUAACACAGUUGAUUACAACUCUGCAUUCUCUGUGUUUCCUGCAGAAGCCUGUGAUACAAUAGGUGGAGAAGCAUGCUGGGAAGGCAUGUUUCCUGAAGCAAAGCUUCAACAAAAGCAGAGUGGCUCACCAGCACCAGCUUCAGAGAGCUUUGACAGAGAAUAUUUAGAGUACAGUGAACCAAAAACAGUUUUUCGAAGAGAGGCUUGUGAUGACCUUGGUGGUGAGUUCUGUGAGCAUGACUAUCAGAAGAGUGUGUAUUAGUGGUAGAGAAGAGUUUACACAACAACUUUUAUGCUAUUUAGUCUUGAAUGUAUAAAGAAUAUGUACCUAGUAUAUCCCAUGCUGUAAAACUCUGCAUUAUAUUAUCUAAUCAACUUCUCAACUUUGUAUCAUAAA